UUGGUAUAGUAUAGUUGAAAGAAAAUUGCGCGGGAAGAAAUACCGUUAUACCGGUUAAAAUUCAUUUGUUGCAAAAAGUUCAGGAUAUAAAGGAAUUAUGCAGGCUUUUCUAAAAACUGGGAAAUUAGGGCCUGGUGAUUCUAAGAAGGCUUCGACUUCACGUUCGAAAGAGGAACGUAGCAGUCCUGCAGCGCCAUGGGUUGAAAAAUAUCGACCAAGAACUGUAGAAGACGUUGUGGAACAAGCAGAGGUAGUAGAAGUAUUGCGACAAUGUUUGAAGGGUGGAGAUUUUCCAAAUCUGUUAUUUUAUGGCCCACCUGGAACUGGCAAAACAAGUACUAUAUUAGCUGCGGCUAGGCAAUUAUUCGGUAGCCUCUACAAGGAAAGAAUAUUGGAAUUAAAUGCUUCUGAUGAAAGAGGUAUCCAAGUUGUGAGAGACAAAAUCAAGUCUUUUGCACAGCUUACGGCAGGUGGUGUGAGAGAUGAUGGGAAAAGUUGUCCGCCUUUCAAAAUUAUCAUCUUAGAUGAGGCAGAUAGUAUGACUAAUGCCGCGCAAGCUGCACUCCGUCGUACUAUGGAAAAAGAAUCACAUAGCACCAGAUUUUGUUUAAUUUGUAAUUACGUAUCAAGAAUCAUAGAACCUUUGACUUCUCGUUGUACGAAAUUUAGAUUUAAGCCGUUGGGAGAGGAUAAAAUCGUUGAGAGAUUAGAAUACAUAUGUAAAGAGGAAGACUUGAAAGCAGAAAAGGUUGUGUUAUUAAAAAUUGUUGAAGCUUCAGGUGGAGAUUUACGACGCGCUAUAACAUGUUUACAGUCCAUUACAAGAUUGAAAGGCAAAGGCAUCGACAUUACUGUUGAUGACAUCGUUGAAAUUAUUGGGAUUGUUCCUGACAAAUGGUUGGAUGAUUUAAUGAAUGUAUGCAAAACAAAAGAUUAUAGUAAGGCAGAAGAAUUUGUCGAUCAGUUUAUGUUGGAAGCAUAUGCUACGUCUCAGGUUAUUGAGCAACUCAGUGAAAAAAUUAUAUAUUCUAACGAAUUAACAGAUCAACAGAAAGCUCUCAUCGCAGACAGACUUGGGGAGUGUAAUUAUAGGCUGCUAGAUGGCGGAAGUGAAUACAUACAACUAAUAAAUCUUUGUUGCGGUAUUAUAAAAGCUUAUGAAUUAGUAUAAGCUUAUGAAUUAUCGUUUCAAAUAUCUAUGUUAAUAAAUAUUUAUUACCUUUUCUAC